AUCGAUCGUUAAUAAUAAUAAUAAUCAUGAUCAUCAAAAUGAAACAUUAAUUUUAAAAUGGUGUCCCGCCUAUUGUCGUUGUCAACAAGAACCAAUUAAAGUUGCGAAAAAAUUGCCUGCAAUAUGGUUAUCAUCAUCAACAUUAUCAUCAAAAUAUCAAUUUGAAAUCAAACAACAACAACAACAACAACAAAAACAGUCAAAAAUAAAAGAUUCCAUUCGUUUCCGUAUUGAUUGUGGCCAUCAAAAAAUUAAUGAUUUGAAACAAUUAUUAUUAGAAAGUAAUAAUAGUUUGAUUCAUAAUGGUAAUGAUGAUGAUGAUGGAACAAUAUUGGGACAGCCGAUCCAUGUAAUCAAUUCACUGAUUUUAAGCCACAAUCAAAUCGUUCAAAUUGGAGCCGAAUAUUUUGGCCAUAAACUUUGGUAUACAAAGUUGAAUAAUCUAUUAUUGAACAAUAAUUUAUUGACUACAAUAACGAAUGAAACAUUUGGACAAUUUACAUCGUUACAAUAUUUGAAUUUGGCAUCAAAUCGUAUAACGAAAUUGGAACCAUAUAGCUUUUUAGGAUUAAACAAACUUCUAAAGAUUGAUCUUGGAUCGAAUAGAAUUAAAAUAUUUCCAAGUGAAUCAAUUUCACCAUCCAUAUUACCAAAGUUGACUGAAAUAAAUUUACGCCAAAAUCUCAUCAAAGUGAUCCCGUCAAAGGCAUUCAUUACCACCAUCAUCACCAACAUUAACAAUCAAAUUGAGUACAAACAGGGGCAAUCCAACAAGCAACAAAAUGAUGAGAAUCAUCAACACAAAAGCGACGACGACGACGACGACAACAAUUUAAAUAACCGAAACGAGAAUCUUUAUUACAAAAGUCAAAUAAUUAAUUUUGAUCUUUCAUUGAAUCCGUUACAAAAAUUCGAAUCAGAUGCUUUUAUUCGAAUGCCCCAAUUACACAAGAUUUAUUUUUCGGAAAUUCGUGCUCAACAGGAGUUUCCCGAUCUGACCGGCACCAAUUCCAUUGAACAUAUACGAUUGGAUAGGCUACGUUUAUCCACUAUCGAUUCACGAUUAUGUAAUCAUGUGGGAAAAACAUUAAAAAGUUUGAUUGUUAAAUCAAAUAAAAUUCAACGGCUACCACCAAUGGAUUUCUGUAUUGAAAUACGAUUACUUGAUGCAAGCUAUAAUGAAAUAAAAACAAUCGAAUCAAAAACAUUCUACAAUCAACAUAAAUUGAUUGAUUUAUCUCUCAAUCAUAACCAAAUCGAAACAAUAGCAUUUGAUUCGUUUACUGGUUUAUCCAAUCUUAAAGUACUAAAUAUGGAAAACAAUCUAAUUCGGUGGAUUGACCCAAAUGCAUUUCUACCGCUUCAAUCAUUACGUGAUUUAAAUCUUGGUCAUAAUAAAUUUCCUGAAUUACCGACCGCAGGCUUGAUGAAAAUAAUGGAAAUCAAAGUACAUGGAAAUCGUAAUUUACGUGAUUUUCCACCUAUAGAAUCAUUUCCAUAUGUACAAACAUUGGCCAUGUCGUAUGCAUAUCAUUGCUGUCCAUAUUUAGGACGCAUGCAAGUUAUUAAUCCUGAAAUUGUCGAUUCAAUAAUUCCUAGUGUAUCACCAUCAACUUCUGAUUUUCAAGAUUCCAUUUUAUGGCUGGAAGAUGUGGAUGAUACAAAUGUCAAUCUAACAAUCACUGAAUUGGCUCAACAAUUCUGGAAACUUUAUCAUCCUCAUCAACCUGCGCCGAUACCGAACGAUCUUGAUGAUCCUAAUCAUGAACAAAACAAUUAUGACAUGUUUGUUAAUGAUUUUUAUGCUGCAAUUGAAACACCGGCUGCAGUUAAUUGGGGCAAUAUGAUGGAUAGCGAUGAAUACAUUGGUGAUAAAUCGGCUGUUUACUUUCAACAGAAUGAUCGUAUCACAAACAAACCGAUCAAAUGUUUACCUAAACCUGAUCCAUUCAUGCCAUGUCAAGAUCUUUUUGAAUGGUGGACCUUACGAUUCGGUGUAUGGGUUGUUUUUCCUUUAGCAUUAAUAGGAAAUGGAACCGUUUUAAUUGUUUUAGUAUUUGGACGUCGUAAACGACGUCGUUCAUCAAAAUUGGAUGUACCAAGAUUUUUAGUUUGUAACUUGGCUGCUGCUGAUUUCUUUAUGGGCAUUUAUCUGGGCAUGUUGGCUAUUGUAGAUAUGGCUACACUUGGUUAUUUUCGUUCACAUGCAAUUCGAUGGCAAAAUUCAUUUAUAUGUCAAUUGACUGGUUUCGCUGGUGUAUUCAGUGCUGAAUUAUCUGUCUAUACAUUGGCCGUAAUAACACUGGAAAGGAAUUAUGCAAUAACACAUGCAAUGCAUCUCAAUAAAAGAUUGUCAUUACGAGCUGCAGUUAUGGUUAUGUCAAUUGGCUGGUUUUUUGCUUUAUUUAUGGCCAUAUUACCAUUGUUUGGUGUAAGCGAUUAUCGAAAAGUAGCAGUCUGCCUUCCAUUUGAGAUCGAUAAUUUAGUAUCAUUCAUAUACAUUAUAAGUUUGAUUGUAUUCAAUGGCAUUGCUUUUAUAUUACUGAUGGCUUGUUAUUUACGUAUGUAUUGUGCAAUUCGUGGAUCACAAGCUUGGAAUUCAAACGAUACCAGAAUAGCAAUUCGAAUGGGAUUAUUAGUGUUUACCGAUUUUCUUUGCUGGGCUCCUAUAGCAUUUUUCACUAUCACAACAUUGGCCGGAUGGCAUUUGAUUACAGUGGAAGAGGCAAAAAUUUUUACCAUAUUCGUAUUACCAUUGAAUGCAUGUGCCAAUCCAUUUUUAUAUGCAUUCUUCACAAAACAAUUCAAGAAAGAAUGUACAAAUUUAUAUAAAAGAGUCGAUGCUUCUAAAUUGUUCAAAUCUCGUACACGAUGUUUUGGUGGUCGACAAUCUACUGUUACUGAUCCUAAUAGUCCACAAAUAGUAAGCGAUUGUAAAGUUUGCGUUCACAAUCAUCCUAUUAAUCAACGAAAUUCAGACCAAUCUCCUCAUCAUCCAAAUACGCAUCGAAUACAAUCGAUUGUUUCUAGUAAUAAAAAACGUAAACAAGAAUCAGACAGUGAAAAUAAUGAUAACGAUAACGAUAACGAUAAUAAUAACAACGAUAUUAAUCUUCAUCCAAUAAAUAAUCCGAUAAAGAAUAAAGAAAUCGAUGAACAACAACAAAAACAGCAAGAUCAUCAUGAUUGUCAAUGUCAAUGUCACAAUAAGACAAAAAUCAAUCCUUUUCAGAUUUCUGAUGAUAAACGAAACAGAAUUCGAUCGAUUGAAUCCGAUAAUGGAGAUCGAUCAUAUACUAGUCAAUUUAUUCGACAAUUUAUUCCAUCAUUAUCAAUGAUGAAUACAAAUUCUCGUUUUAAUAAUCGAAUAAAAAGAUCGAAUGCAGGAAAACAAUUUAAAAGUAACUCGAUUAUUUAUCAAAGUAAUUAUCGUAAAAAUCAUAUUCACAUGACAUUAGAGAAUGAAAUCCAAUCACCGACUAGUCAAAAUAAAUCAAAUAGCGAUAAUAGUGACCACAAGAAACAAACGCCGACGACAACAAACAAAACAAAUUCUUCAUCAUCUUCAACCAAACAUAAUGAACAUGAAUCUAGUCACAAUCGAGGUAUUGAUGUUAAUAAAAACGAUAAUGCAGUAGUUAUGAUUGUUAGUGAACGCGAUGGAUCCAAUUCAAAUACCGUAACUGAAUAUCAACAAAAACAACGACAUGAUUCCAUUAGAAAUGGUCCAAUACAUUAUGUUAAACAUCAAAAUCCAGCAAGCGCAAUGACAACUGGAAUAUUGAUGCUAAAAAAUAAAUUAAUUCGUAAUAAUCAAAAAAAUUAUGCUCGCAAGAUGUCGUCGGAUUCUCAAUUUGAAUUCUCUCAUUAUAGUAAUCGUAAAGAUUCUACAUCAACUACUGGUCGUUUAUCAUUUAGUAGCGAUAAUCCAACCAAAAGUACAUCAUCCUCAUUCUUCAGUAGUGGUUUUUCAAGUUCAUCUAGCCGAACGACAGCUGCUAGUUCCACGGCUAAUACGGCAACUAUAAUCGCCGGAGAUUUAUUACUUAGCCAAGAUCAAUUUGAACGAAUUAUUGAACAGAGUUCAAUAUUCACCGAACAAAUGAAAAGAUAUUUAAUGGACAAUACAGAAAGCAUAGAACAUCAUGAAAUACUUAAUAUACUAAAUGGAAGCAAACAUGAAGAAAGAUUUAUUCUAAUCGCAUUUAUUGAACAAAAAUUUUGUAAUGAAGACAGAAAACAACGAUCAAAUAAUGAUUCAGAUCUGAAUGAUUGUGAUAGCAUACAAAUCGAUAAUGAAAUGAGUGAUGAUCAAUAUGUUUUGUAUUUGCUGCAAGAAAUCGAUUCAUCUUCAUCUGCCAGGAAUCGUUGUAGCUAUUUUUUAAAAGUUUUACUAUUAUUCCGAAAGCAAUGUUCAAUGGAAACAGAUUGCUUAAAGAGAAAAUUGAAUGCCAUCAUUCAGCUGGAAUGUAUUGAACAUAGAUUAAUUGAUAAAUUUAUGCAAAAUUUGAAUGAAUCUCGUAUAAAUUAUGAUGAAUUUGACUUUGAAAAUCUUGCCAUUCAUUCCAUGAUUUUUCAAUGCCAUAUUAGAUUGUAUGGAAGAGAAUUAGAUGAAAUAAAUGAGGAAACAAAUUCACAGACUAAUGGUGCAACUGGUAGUAAUAAUCGUCUUGAAGAACCAAAUAAAAAAUCUCAAACAUCAUUGAUGAGUAGUAGUCAUGAACGGAUAAUGAAUUUUUUACAAAUAUUACUUCCUAAAUCGAACAAACAGAAUACUCAAAACAGUCAUCGAAAUAAUAAUGAAAAAUCUGGUACAUAUUCUUUUUAUCGAAAACCUAGAGUAAAAAAACCACUUUCAGUUGUAACAAAACCAAUAAGAUCUGGACAUCGUCGUUCAUCUAGUGCAUUUGCAUUAAGCGAAGAAUUAUUGGAACAAUUUCAUCAACAACAUAUACCUGAAAUGAAAAGUUUUUAUGAAAUCAAAAGCUGUACAAGCCAACUACAAGUUGUUGGAUCGACAAGUCCAAGCUCCAAUUCACAUAAAUCCGAUUCUAUACCAGAAAUUCGAAGUCGAUCAGCUAUAUCAGAUGUAAUUAUUCGUGUUAAUAAUAGCCAUAGCAGUAAUAUUGAUAAAGAUGAUUUCGAUAAUCCAGUAAUUGAAUCCCAAAUGGCUAUUAUUAAACCACAAAUAACAUUAAGUGAUCGUGAAAUAUCUUACAAAAGUCUUAAUAUUCCCAUUAAUAAUAAUAAUAAUGAUGAUAAUAAUAACGAUAAUAAUUUUAGUGUUGAAAAAAAUGAACAUCGAUAUCAUUCAUACGAAUUCAUAAUGAUCUGAAUAAUAAACAAACCAAACCAAAAACGAAAAAAAAAAAAAAUUUUAUUGUGAUUAUAAUGA